GGCACCGCGCGCCCAGAGAUAACAGUUGGUUGCUGGGUGAUGGGGGUCUUUGAUAAUCCUGGGGGCUUUCUUCCUGAGCCGCUGGGAGUAGAGGUCCUCCAUGAAUGGCAGCUCCGUCCAGCUGAUGUGCUUCCCCUCCAGGAUCCUCUCUAUGGUGGUGCACCUGUAGAAGAGAGACUAUCAGAGAUGCGAGUGAUGACCGGGAAAACUGCGACUGCGACCCUCAUCCUGCUGUCCUUCCUGCUGCUCGGAGUGCUCUACUGCUACCAGAACUACAGGGUGUUUGUGUCCUUUGAGUUGAACGAUAGCAGACCGAAAGACAGAGCUGCAGAUUUCCUCCCUCUGAGUGAUGAGUUCCACCUGGAGGCUGAGCAUCUGCAGUACAAACAGCCGAGCAUCCUGCAGGGGCGCACCGACGUUGUGACGGUGACGCCCUGGCUGGCGCCAGUGGUUUGGGAUGGGACUUUUGACCCAGUCCUGCUGGACAGCCUCUACAGACCCAGGAACAUCAGCGUGGCCAUCACCGUGUUUGCUGUGGGAAAGUACAUCAGGUUCCUGGAGGACUUCCUGCAGACGGCGGAGCAGCACUUCUUCGUUGGUUUCAAUGUUCACGUUUACGUUUUCACUGACCGGCCGAACGAGCUCCCCCGGGUCCACAUGGCUGCUGGCAGACAGGUGACAGUGCGUUCAGUUCCCAGCUCGCAGCGCUGGCAGGAGAUCUCAGCCCACCGUAUGGAGCUGAUCCAGACCCUGAUCGAGGAGCUCAACAACCAGAAAGACUACAUCUUCUGUCUGGACGUAGACUCACGGUUCCAUGGCCGCUGGGGGACAGAGUCUUUGGGGCGGCUGGUGGCGGUGAUCCACCCAGGGUACUACCGGAACCGGCGGAGCCAGCUCCCCUAUGAGCGCCGCCAAGAGUCCAGAGCAUUCCUGGCCCCUGAGGAUGGGGACUUCUACUACUGCGGGGGCGCGUUCGGAGGCCGGCUGCAGGAGGUCCACCUGAUGGCCAAGACUUGCCGCCUGAACUUUGAGGAGGAUGCUCGGGGGGGCAUUGAGGCGGCCUGGCAGGAGGAGAGCCACCUGAACAGGUACCUGUGGUUCAAUAAGCCCAGUAAAGUCCUGUCCCCGGAGUACCUGUGGCAAGACUUCAAGUCCAGAGAGCCGGAGAUCCACCUGAUUCGGUUCUCCGGAGUCGUGAAGAACUACGCAGAGAUCCGACCAAAUGCCUAAACGACACACACACAACAUGCAGUGUUUGGUCUGCUCUUCGUCGUUACCUCGGCUCUAUGAACUGUGGCUGAGAUGAAUGUGAUGUUCAUUUCUUUCACUUCUCUAAUUCCAGUCAGUUUAUUCAGGUCAUUAUAAUUGAAUGUUCGGUCUGGUCUGUGUAGUCCGAACUCCUUCUGUUUUGUGAGGGUUCAUUAUGAGCCUGAUCAUAUAUAUUUUGGUGAUUGGUUUAAACAUCCAUCUAGUUUUUAAAAAAUGCUAUUACGCUGAAAUCAUUGGUGUAUCUGAUGUCUGCUACUUUAGGAGCGUCCCGCAUAGUAAGGUGUCAUUCUGAUGAAUGACCUUAUAGCUGAAUGGUACGAGGGGCCGUUAGGGACAUUUAUUCAGAAAUACCAUUCACUUACACAUGUGAAACCGAACUGAAACCAAAAUAAUUUACAAACAUAUGUAAAAAUCUCUCAUAAACAUAUAUAAAACGCUCUCACACACACAUAAGAAAUCCAAAGUUAUUCACAUAUACAUGUGAAACGCUCUCAUAUAAACACACAAAAUGCGAUUUCAGUAUGUUGUGUGGGAGCAAUUUCAGUUGAAACGGAAGGCGUUUCAAAAAAAACUGCGAAGAACCGCGAAAACAAUAUUUGUCGUCUGUCCGUUUUCUUGUUCCAUCAUGUCGGCUUAGCAGCAUGCACAAGGGUUAACGGAGGCAGCAGCGUGGUUAAAUAAUACAGCUUCCCUUAAGAGAGAGAGAGAGAGACUGUGCAUCCCGAUAUCAACCACAACACUGCUUUGGCACAUGGACAGUAGUGGGCAGUUGCCCGCCGUGGGACGGGAAGAGGGACGAUAGCUGACCGUCCAGGGUGUCCCCACUUGCAGUUCCAACAGUCGGUUGCGGCCCGGUUGUGUGUGUGUGCCCAUGUUGGAUAGCGUUGUAAUAUUCUGCGCUGAGGCCAGGAUAUUAUUUAACAACGCUGCGGCCUCCGUUAAGCUCUGUGCAGGCUGCUGAGCAGACAUGAUGGAACAAGAAAAUGGACAGACGACAAAUAUUGUUUUCGCGGUUGUUGCAAUGUGAGGUGCAGGUGAUAAAACAUCACGACAAGAAGAGGUUUCUUUCAACAAAAACCAGGCCUUAUUUCCUAGCCUUUCAGAAGAACCGGAACAUAAAUUACAGGAAAAUUGCUCUUUCCACAGGUGCUGAUCUUUCACCAACCAGGAAACAAAUGUCCCCCUCUCCAUUCUCUUCCCAGUCAUUUAUAGCUAAUUGCCCGCCUUCUCAGACUAGUCUGGCCAAUCGGGUCAUGGCUCUGAAAGGGUAGUGAAGAGUUAAACAGAAAUAAACAUUGUUUUCAACAUUUAACAAAACCCUCAAGGGCUCAGUACAUUCAUUAUCUGACCUUACAAAACAGCGUACAUUCAAAACAAACGAGGUCUUCACAAAUGGAUAGUUUUUAACUUAAUUGGCACACCUUACAUCACACAAAUUUUACACCAACCACAGCCAAGACUCCACCUACUCAGAACACAUAUAGGCAGCAGCUUGGAGGCGUGCUCCCCCUUUGACCACAAGAUGGCCUCCAGGUCUGAUAAAAGGUAUUGCUUCCUUACAGCGGUUCUUCGCUGUUUCAACUGGUGUGUGUGUGUGUGUGUGUGUGUGUGUGUGUGUGUGUGUGUGUGUGUGUGUGUGUGUGUGUGUGUGUGUGUGUGUGUGUGUGUGUGUGUGUGUGUGUGUGUGUGUGUGUGUGUGUGGGGCUGCAGAUUUCUGAGUGAUGAGUUCCACUUGGAGGCUGAGCAGUGAGUAUCCGUCUCUGGGUGACACGACUGACUCUGAGUCUCUGGUUCCGGACUGGUACUAACCCUAACCCAGGUGAAGUUCCAGACAGGUGAACCCGUACCAACUGAGUCUGUGACAGCCUGAAGGGUUGACUAUGCUAACAAUGCUAAUAGCAGUUCUGUUACAGUUCUUAUGAGGACAGUGUUUCUGUGUUUCACAUGUGUAUAGGAGAGUGUUUCACAUGUGUAUGUGAAUAACUUUGGAAUUCUUAUGAGUGUGUGAGAGUGUUUCACAUGUGUAUAGGAGAGUGUUUCACAUGUGUAUGUGAACGGUAUUUCUGAAUAAUGUCCCCUCAUAGGAUGGUUUUCUAGUUUCCCAUCCUCUACAGACCUCUACAUGUUAUCCAGUUAGAAAACGGCAUGCAUUAGGGCAGGGCUUCCUGUGACCGACAGGUAACUGCUGUCACAUCUGGGUCCAGAAACACUGCGUUUUUCUUCCUGUUAACAGAAUGGUUUUAAGUUGCUUAACAAGGGACAGGAAGUCCUGGGAAUAAACACCUUGUUACAGCAGCAGCUCGUUAAUGUAAACCGCCUGAAGUUGUGAGUUCCCACAAAUAUUAAAGUGCAAUAAAACAUGAAUACAGAUAAAGUACUGCAACACAAGGACACAGACCUACCGAUAGCGAAUAAUUAAGCCUCUCUUGUAUAAUCCUGGUGUCAGUGACCCUGUGAAGAGCGUUCUUAUGGUCUGGGGUCUCUUUAAUAAAUACUGUGAUAACA